GUUCACUAGCAAGCUGUUCCUGCGUUGUGAAACUCCCCUGCCCCGGCUUGUGUGGCCCUGAGAAUGGAAUUCCUGAGUGAAGUGGGAGUUUCCAGGAAGUAGCCAUAUUGGAUGCACGGAGCCUCUUCUACUGUGUCAGCUUACGGAGAGGGCGAGACGAAAAGAAGUCACUCUUCGUUUAGCUCGCUUAUAAUUGACGCGCUCUCCACAUAAUGGCUGCAACAGACGUAGAUGUAUUUUCCAGCGAAGAAAAGAGGAACCUCAGCCUUGGCGGCCAUGUUGGUUUUGACAGUUUGCCAGAUCAGCUGGUCAGUAAAUCGGUGACGCAGGGUUUUUGCUUCAACAUCCUAUGUGUAGGGGAAACGGGUAUUGGCAAGUCCACGCUAAUGAACACGCUUUUCAACACGACGUUUGAGAAUGAAGAGGCCAGCCACUAUCAGAACGGCGUGUACCUACGGCCCAGAACGUACGACCUACAGGAGAGCAACGUGCACCUGAAGCUGACCAUCGUGGACACUGUGGGGUUCGGGGACCAGAUCAACAAAGAGGAGAGCUACAAACCCAUCGUGGACUACAUCGACACACAGUUCGAAAACUACCUUCAGGAAGAGCUGAAGAUCAAGCGGUCCCUCUUCAACUACCACGACACGAGAAUCCACAUCUGCCUCUACUUCAUCGCGCCCACAGGGCACUCGCUCAAGUCGCUGGACCUGGUCACCAUGAAGAAACUGGACAGCAAGGUGAACAUAAUACCCAUCAUUGCCAAGGCUGACACCAUCUCCAAGAGCGAGCUGCACAAGUUUAAGAUCAAGAUCAUGAGUGAACUGGUCAGCAACGGUGUGCAGAUCUACCAGUUCCCCACGGACGACGAAGCCGUCACGGAGAUCAACUCCUCCAUGAACGCCCAUCUCCCUUUCGCGGUCGUGGGGAGCAUCGAGGAGGUGAAGGUGGGGAACAAAAUGGUCCGGGCCAGGCAGUACCCCUGGGGAGUCGUGCAGGUGGAGAACGAGAGCCACUGUGACUUUGUGAAGCUGAGGGAGAUGCUGAUCCGGGUCAACAUGGAGGACCUGCGGGAGCAGACGCACGCCCGUCACUACGAGCUCUACCGCCGCUGCAAGCUGGAGGAGAUGGGCUUCAAGGACACCGACCCCGACAGCCAGCCCUUCAGCCUGCAGGAGACGUAUGAGGCCAAGCGGAAGGAGUUCCUGGGGGACCUGCAGCGUAAGGAGGAGGAGAUGAGGCAGAUGUUUGUGAACAAAGUGAAGGAAACAGAGGCCGAGCUGAAGGAGAAGGAGAGAGAGCUCCAUGAUAAGUUCGAGCAGCUGAAGCGCAUGCACCAGGAGGAGAAGCGAAAGGUGGAGGAGAAGAGGCGGGACCUGGAGGAGGAGAUGAACGCCUUCAACAGGAGGAAGGUGGCGGCCGAGACGCUGCAGGCCCAAUCGCUACAGUCCCAGUCCUACAAGAAGGACAAGGACAAGAAGAAGUCGGUGAAAACGGAAAACCAGUCGGGUGUCAGCCUCUCCAGCUCCAAGGUGAUGAUGGCCAAGGCCAGCGUGGAGCCUUUGAACUGCGACAGCUGGUGGCAUGCCAUACAGUGCUGCACCUGUCUGGUCCACAACGCCACCUGGAGGCAGGGCUUCUUCUGAGCGCAGCGCUGGGGCAGGUCAGGGUGUCCGGACAUCACCAGGGCAUGGAACUGUGGGGGAAAAAAAGAAAUCAACGAAAAUAAAACACAGACCAAAAAAGAAAAAAAACAACAACACGGUGAGCGUUCCUGUCCACCAAUCCUAACAGUUAACACGUCCCUUUGCCUGCCGUCUUCUCCUGAACACCCACACCUGUGUUAUCCCUCACUUUUCUGCCCCCUCCCCCCCCCCCCUUUUCUUGGCUGGGGUGCAAAUCCCUCUGUUCGCUAUGUGCUGUGCUAGUCUGUCUCCCUGUCCAGGCAGAUACGGUUUAACUAACUGACUGGAUGGCCUAUCUUUCCGAUUCCUGGUUUGGCUAUUGUCCCUGUUUGCAUCUACCAGAUUUGUUCCUCUAGUUGAAAUGUUGUUUCUCUUGUUCAAAUCAAAAAAAAAAAAAAAAAAACUGGUUUACUCUGGCUUUUGUAAGCUUUCAAGUCUAGCAAAUCCUAAAAAAAGGAUACAAGCUUAGUUUUAUGGAUUGUUGUGUAACAUAUCAAUGCAAGUGGAACCAAAAUGGCUGACAUUCAUAAUUACCACACAAUUCAAAAGAAAGAAAAAAUACAUUCAAAUGAUUAGAAAUUGUGUGGAGAAAAAAGGUUUAGAUGUGGUGUCCACCAUUCAUGCCAUUGAAAAGACCACUCCACCAUCACCAGUUGAUCAAUAUUAUUAAAAAGCAAACAACAUUCAUGAGGAAUAUGGAAGUGGGACAGUUAAAGAUCGAAAGCCUUGAAUGAAAUAUGUUGGAAUCAUAGUGUGUAAAGUCGAAACCGCAGCCACAUGGUGUUCUGCGUAUUCAGGGUGUUACUGAACUGUUAUACACAGUACCAUGUGCCAUAAAACAAAAAAAGGUUGACAGGUGUAUUGUACAAGAAUCUGGUUUUCUAUAUGUUACUUGUUUCCUGUUAAUCCGCUGAGAUGUUGGACAAAGAAUAGAACAAAGUUUAGUCUGUUUACAAGGUAAAUCGAUGAAAUGUAUUUCCCCUUUUUUAACUGUAUGCGUGUAUGAUGUUGGUGUAUUGUUUGUAAAUUAUGAAUUGUGGUAGAAUGAGUCAUACAAUAAUGAACACAAGAUAAAAGGACAGUUAUGUGAUGUGGAAAUUUUGAAGUACAGACACAAGCAAGCAAUCACAUUUACUUUCAAAGGAUGCACAGAAAGCCAUUUCUUAAGCUGGGCAAGCAGUGUAUGUUCCUCUUUAUAUGAAAAAAGUAUGAAGAUUCAGCUUAAAUUUAUGUAUUCAAUUCUUAAAGCUUUAUUUUCUUAUUUAUACAUAUUAUGUAUAUGACUAGAGAAGGAUUAUAUUAUUUCUGGAUGUUUUUUCCCUGCACACUGUAGAGGCCUGUGCUUUCUUAUUGCUGAAGUGAAGCAGUAACAAACUGCCUGGGCCUGAAGUUUCAGCUUAAUUCCCCAAUAUUCAGCGUGACAUUUUGCGAAUGCUGGCUGGCGCAGCACAAAUGCCAAAACGGACCCAGAGCACGCUAUAAUCGCCUUCUGCUGUCACGGCAUUCCUGUCCAGAGUGCCAAGUUAAAAAGACUAAAAACAAAAUGGAGGCACAAUUUCUCUGACCAAUACUCCAUUAGUGAGGCGUUUUCAUGAGGCGCUGUGUUUGUGACCAAUACAAGUAUGGGUUCCCUUGUGUGCUUUUUGUAUGUAUAUACUUUAGAUUGAAGUGGGGGGGGGGGGGCACUUACGAUGUGAAUGAAGUCGAUUGCUGUUGCAGUGCAAAGGUCCCAGUGCAGCUUAUCGAGAAUGAUCCUCUCCAUUCGAAGAAUCUCUGCUGUUGAAAAGUUGCAUCCGCUCUGAGCCGCAAGGUCUUUCACCGACGCAAUCACCUAUUACACCAGACAUGAACGAGGAAAAAAAAACAAAACAAUAAACGCUGAUUCUAUGAAAAUAAA